AUGAAGAAUAAUACUCAACAGACUCCAAUUUCCCCUAAGAUGGCCAUGUAUAUGAAUGCCAUGAAAAAUAAGCAUAAUCAACACCCUCUUUUAAGUGAACAACUACAAAAGAACCAAAGUCUAGCCUAAUUUCAUGAGUAACAACAAAGUUAAAGAAGUUAAGAGUAGGGAAAGUAAGAUAACUUACGGGCAAAUAGUUCUUUUAGAUCUUUAAAAUUCUAAGAUUUGAACGUGACUCAUAAUCCUAUUGAUGUCAUCAAACUCAAAGACAUUCUGGAUGGAAAUAGAAAGGAAAUCAAGGUCAAAUAAUAAUAAUCCUAAGUUUAACAUAAGAAUUAACAAUAAAAAAGUUUUACAUCUCAAAAACACUGUUAAGAUGAAGUCUUUGCAGAACAACAGAAAGGGGAAAAAAAAUUGAAUUUGCCAAUAUAAGAUUGUAAACAAAAAUUUAAAGAAAAUGUCAAUUUGGAUCUUGAAACACCAAGGUUUUUUGGAAUGCCAUGA